AUGAAUGAGUGGAUCUACACCAGACCGAGAAGUGUAGCCAACCCACCUCAUAUCCCCGACGUGGCGGCAGAUUCGCAACACACGCUCAUUUCCACCGCUUUGGGAAUCUCGGGUUUCCCUGCUAGCCAGGGACCAGCCAUCGCAAGCAAAAAAGCAACGCACUACGGAGGAAUAUCUGAGGUUCUAUUCCCAAGGAGGUCACCCGACUUGCUUCGAUUCAUGUCCGUUCAGCGCGGGCCCGGCAAGGUUGCGACGACAGCAAAGAGCGUACUGCUGGGCGGCCAUGGGCAUUAUCGCCAAAUAUUAGCCUGUGGCGUCGGCUCUGCGCAUCGUCAAUCAGAAUCAGGGGGGCCCAGGGCCGUCCGGUCGAUGGCUGCUCUGCCCUGGUGGACUCUGCGACAGGUCCGAUCAAAACUCAUCAUUCCGCAUUCAGGAGAGCUGGCCGGCUUAGGAUGGGCUCCUUCUUCUCCUUCCUUGAACUGUCCCUCUGUCCCCGCUGGCUGGCACUUGCUGGCACUGCACUCUCCUGUCCCCAAAGGUGCCGCGGGAUCUCCUCUCGUUCGCACCUCUCAGCGCGCUUCGUUCCGAAUCGCAAACACUGGCGAUGGUUACGUGCAGGCGAGACCCUGGAAUCCUCGAUCAUCCCUGAUCAACUUCCCCUAG